AGUAGUGUGUGCCCGCCGACGCAUUGUGACCAAGGAACAUAUAAUAGCUUGUGUCGCUUGUGACAAUAUUAACCUUUCGUGCGCGCGAGUAUUGCGACGGCGGCAUAAUAAUAAUUACAAUUAUAGAGUACAUACACGACGAUGAUCACUUUCAUACGCGCAUGUACAGUGUUCAGUACAGUCAGUACACUCCUCGACGAUAAGCGUUGAAUACUUUGCUUCUAUAUACGGUCCGUGACAGAAACAACGACUACACAAACGAGCAGACAGUGUUGGUGGAUGACUUAGACCAGUCCUCCGUGCGAAUUCGUUCGUCGUGGUGUUUUAAAUGGCUUUCGCAUUCAGUUCGCUGUUUCGUGGCCGUCUGCUUAUACGGCACCGAUAAUUGUGAUGAUGCUGAUGACUACACUACUCCUCUGUUACUUCAGCUGUGCUGAAUGUUGCUAACGCAUAUAUCGAAGGCCGUGAUGACUACUGUGACCAGUGUGACAAUGCAACUCGGGCCUCUUCUACUGCAGUAAAGGUUGUUGACCAAAACGCCCAAGAGAUCAAUACAGCAAUGAGUGUUCUAGUGAAAUUUUUACACACACAAAUGACGGCAACAACUGUUACAUUAGUGCUGAUGCUGCUAGUCACCACUGCAGUAGCAACUGUCAUACCAAAUGUACCGGUGGCCACCGCGGAAAAAGAGCCGACUGGACAGCAGAAAAAACCUGGAGGAAAUGGCAUAUCGUCUUUAGAUCUGUACCACUCAAUGGAGAUGGGUGAACAGGAAAGGCUUGAAAGCCUCGGUGGCAACGACGACGAAGAUGAUAGUGAAAAGGAUAGCGAUGGCUCGUUGCUGUCAAUGGUAGGCGGUGGUGAUGACAGUGACAUCGAUCAAGAGCAUCUUACCGAAUUGCUGACUUGCAUGUCAUGUUCGGGCGUGUUACCUACAUGGCGAGACGAGCAAAAUGUUGAUGAACAGUCGUACUGUUUGUCCGAUCGUGGCCAGCCACUGACGCCAGACAGCAGUAACAGGGUCGAAGAAUUAAAUGUGUGUUCCGGUGCUGUGCGUUGCUGGAAGGCAAAAGUGCGUGAAGAGCACGGCCUUGUACGCAUCAGUCGUGGCUGUAUGGCUGGUGGAAACAGACAUUUAACUGAAUCCUACUUGGAGCAUCAACCGCUGCAUCCUUGUAUGGGUGCUAUUAGCAAUGACUCGGCAAUAAAAAACAAUGAUACCUCAAAACAACCCAGGUCCAUGGUUUGGACGUCGUCGCAUACUUAUUCAUCCGGGUCCGCCGACCAGCAACAGCCUCCUAGCUAUGCAAUUGAAUGUUGCACCGGUCGUGAUCGCUGCAACGACGGUGCGUUUCCAUCAUUGUCCGGCAGCGGCUUAACAUCGGGGAUCGACGAAAAUGGUUCUUUGCUAGCAGCUGUGGCUUGGUGGCGGUGGUCAUCCAUAUCCGUAGCGGCGUUACUGCUUGUUGUUGUAAUCGUGACUACAGUCACUUUGACGGUCUAUGCGUUGUAUAGAAACGACAGUAAGAGUAAGAAGAGAAAACGUCGAAAGAGGAGUAAGAGCAGCAGCAGUAGAAGGAGUAAACGACGAAAGCAGAGUACUCGCCACUACGACGAUGGUAACAGUGAUGAUAGUGAUAAAAAGAGACAUCGACAUUUGUCAUUUUCGUCAAUGUCAUCGUCGUCUUCGUCAUUAUCGUCAGCGGCGUCAUCAUCAUCUUGCUGCGAAGGGAAGAAAAGAGGUAGGAGGAAACCCCACGGGACCGCUUUAACCAUGGUCGACUUGCUCAAGGGCGUCGUGGUAACCAACGAGGUAACAGGUGACGAUGAAAAUACACAUGGUAGUAACAGCAACCGACCAUCGUAUACAGCAGAGUACUCACCAGCGGCCAUGACUGAGUCUACAGUCGAUGACGACUUUUUACCACCGCCUUACCAAAAACGAAACGACCGCCAAGAUGAUUGGACAAGUGGCAGCGGGUACGGUAUGCCUGUGCUAGUUCAACGCACUUUGGCCAAGCAGAUACAACUCCGGCAAUUGGUCGGCAAGGGUCGUUAUGGUGAAGUGUGGCGAGCUACUUACUGGAAUGGUGGUCAUGAGCACGUGGCCGUAAAAAUAUUCUUAUCGAAGGACGAACCAUCAUGGAAGCGAGAGACUGAAAUCUACAGCACGGUUUUGAUGAGACACGACAAUAUAUUAGGUUUUAUUGGUUCCGACAUCAUGACUUCACGUAACUCGUAUACCACUCAGUUACUGCUUAUUACUCACUAUCACCGACAUGGAUCAUUGUACGAUUUUCUACAGACACCUGCUGCCGCCGCUGAGGCUACGUACAAUGGAUAUGACAUCGGCGCCAUCGACGCUGCGGGUGGUCGACUGCAGCAAAUCGACCGCGAUAGACCACCACUCACGGUGGGCCAAAUGUUAAACGUGCUGUACACUGUAGCUAGCGGGCUGUGUCAUCUGCACACUGAAAUCCACGGCACGCAGGGUAAACCGGGAAUCGCGCACCGGGACAUCAAGAGUAAAAACGUGUUGGUAAAAUGCGCAGAAACAGGUGCGUGUUGUGUAGCUGAUUUUGGAAUGGCCGUCACUAGCCGUGACGCUACGCUCCCGAUUCAAACAACAACAGCCGCGGGUGCUAACCAAAAUACGAGAGUUGGUACAAAGCGGUACAUGGCGCCAGAAGUUUUGGACGAUAGCAUAUCCUCUGCGGCCGCUUUAGCAUUAGCUUCUGCGUCCACUUCGACGACUGCGGUAUCAUCAGUAGCUUCCUCCUCAUCUUCCACCGCUGCAUCUGUCGCCGCCGCUGCUUCUUCUUCUUCGGCGUAUUGGUGCUUCGACGCAUAUCGCCGCGGUGAUGUAUACUCGUACGCACUCGUCAUGUGGGAAGUCCUGUCCAGGACGUUAAUCGCACCCGAAACCGAUGAUACUGAAAAACCCACGCGACAACUAAAUGACAAUCAACAACAGCCCUCCACAGAUAACAGAUAUGACCCAUAUGUGUACCGCGCACCAUACCAAGACCGUGGCGUUGGGUGGGACCCCGGAUUCGAUGACAUGCGUCGUGUCGUAUGCUCUACCGAUCCUAUACAGAGCCGUCCCGGCGUGGCAGCAGAGUGGUUAGCCAACCCGAUAAUGAACGCGGUAGUGUUGACAAUGCGAGAAUGCUGGCACGGCAACCCUCAUGCACGCCUUCCUUCUUUGCGUGUUAAAAAGACUCUAGCUAAGCUCAUUGAGCAAUAUUCCACGACAGAGACUGAAAAGCAGCACAAAUCAGAGCCUGAACAAUAAUAUUGUAUAUUAUGACUACAAGUCAGUUAUGAUGUAAUGUAUAUUAAUGUAAAUAUUAAUUACUAUUAACAUGCAAAUAUAAAUGACAGUGGCUGCGGUGAAAAAUUACUUUAAUCAAGGAAAUAUAUUGUAUUUUCUCUGCUACCUCCUCCACUUGUUCAUUCUUACAAUAUUGUAAGUCAUGUAAUUUUUUUUUUUAAACAACUACAUGCUAUUGUUAUAAUAUUAUGUAUAAAAUAAUUUUUUAACAAUAAUAACUAUAAAACUACCUA